AUGGCGGUAAUUCCGAGUACGAAGGGGUGGGACUCGAUUAAAAGGCCAUUCGAUAUCAGAAACGACGAUGGCUUCAACGCCGACCAAGCCAUGGCCUGUUUCCCGGCCUUCGAAACGAAGCACCACUACCUGAUUCGUAUCGGACACUUCGCACGCAGGAGGAGCGAACUGUUCAACGGCCCUUCGCACCUAAGCUUUGCCAAGCUAAACUUUUGGGCACCGGUAAUCGCUUCACGUGUCGUUCGUCUUGGCUUUUCUGGACGACAUGACAAGAUGCCCUUCGAUGUUUUGUUUCUCGAGCUCAAGGGAUGCGAUGCACGCUUUCACUCCAUCGAUCAACAGGCCCAACUCGGAGAUUUGCAACCACGCUUUGGCCUUCUUGCGGAAUCCUACUCUAGAUGGCCAAUGACAGGUCAGAAUUGGCCAACAACUCACCCAAACCUUGCUGGUGGAGACAAUCAUUCCACCUCCGCAUUUCCCGACCAGUAG